CGCAACUUCGACACCACCCACUCCCCCUCACCAUGUUCGCCCUCACUCCCCGCGCUGUAUCUGCACCGCGCGCCGCGCGCGCCAUGUCCACCAUUGUGCGCAGCGAGCUGCCCCCUGUGCUCCGCCGCGCCAUGUUGUACGUCCCCGGCUCGAACCCGCGCAUGAUCGAGAAGUCGCUUUCCAGCCCCGCCGACUCGGUCGCCUACGACCUCGAGGACGCCGUUGCGCCCUCCGCGAAGCCCGAGGCGCGCCGUCUCGUCGCCGAGCUGCUGGACAGCGACCGGCGGCCCGCCGGCGAGGUUGUCGCACGCAUCAACGCCGUCGGCACGGGCUUCGAGGUGGACGACCUCGAUGCCGUCCUCCGCGCGCGGCACGUGCAGGCUAUUGCGUUGCCCAAGACCAACGACCCCGAGCACAUCGAGUGGGUCGUCAGCCGCAUCCAGGCGCUCUGCCCGCCGGACAAGCAGGCAGGCAAGGAGAACGCCGUGCGCAUCAUCGGGAUGAUUGAGAGCGCCGAGGCAAUGGUACGGAUUAACGAGAUUGCGGCCGCUGGGAGGGGACAUUUGGAUGCGCUGCUGUUCGCGGCUGAGGACUACUGCGCCGACGUCGGCCUCGUCCGCACCCCUGAGCGCACCGAGCUCCUUUACCCCCGCGCCAAGCUCGUUACCACCGCUCGCGCGUUUGGUCUCGGAUCGCUCGACCUCGUGUGCGUCAACUUCAAAGAUCAGGAGGCAUUGCGCAUCGAGAGCGAGGAGGGCAUGCGCCUGGGCUUCACUGGCAAGCAAGCAAUCCACCCCGCACAGAUUGAGACGAUCCAGGCGGCGUAUGCACCCUCUGAGGCUGCAAUCCGCAAGGCCGCACGCAUCAAGUUCUCCUUCGAACUGCACGACUCGAAGGGUACCGGCGCAUACGCGCUCGACGGCGUCAUGAUUGACGCUCCCGUGUACAAGCAGGCGCAGAACACACUGCGCAUCGCCCAGGCGGCCGGGUUGCCCAUUCCCACCAUCACCGAGAAGGACAUCAGCUAGAAGCAUGAAUAGAGCCAGCGCGAUGGGGCAUGUACCAAAAUUGCAUCUGA